AUGAAAACAGUUUGGGUGGUUGUGGUGUGUUUGUUAAUUGUUGAAGCCAGCCAUCUUCAUCAUCAUAACCGACAUCGCAGAAAGAUCAAUCCGAAAAGGAGAAUCGUGUAAGUUGUUUAUCAACUGCAACAUUCGUUUUGUUAUCGAUAAAAACUUGAUUGAUUUGUAAUGGAAAGUUAUUGACAAAAGAGGCAACGUAGGGUUUGGAAGGGCUUGUGUAGGUUGAGGUAGGGUAAGUAGUGCAGGUUAAGGUCGUCAUUUGUAAGGACUUUGGCAGUAAGGCAGAUUUUUUGAUCUAUUUGAGUAUGAUGUGGAUUUUGAAAGACUCGGGUAGGGUAAGGCAGGCAUUUGGAAAGGCUUUGGUAGGGUAGGGCUUUACUAAUAUUGGAGAAGGCUUGCAUUCAAUAGGGCUGAGUCCAACCUUGGUUUGUAGAGGUAUUGUAUAGGUACAGUCGAGCUUUAAUUAAUGUAGGGCUUCAAUAGAGGCUAGAAUGUGGGAAUUUUAAAGGGUAGGGUAGGUUAAGGAAGGGUAGGGCAAGAUAUUGAUGUGCAAGGUAAGAUAAGAUAGGUUAGGGUAGAAUACGACAGGUUAAGAUACGAUAAGGAUAGGGUAGGGUAGGGUAGGGUAGGGUAAGGUAGGGUAGUUUAAAACACACGAUAUCAUAAAGGUACAUAUUUGCUCAAGCCUUGGCUUUGCUUUACUUCAACUAUGCUCUAGCCCAGCCCCACCCAUAUUCUAGCCAAUUUCUAGCUCUGCCAUGUCCUGUAAAAACUAUAUUUCAAAAAGUAAUUUAAUUUUUUUCAGUUGUGUGAACGGCCAAGAGACCGACGGUGCCUGUAUCUGUAGCUAUGGUUUCAUAGGCAAACAUUGCGAGUACAAGAUGUACUGCAGUACCUAUCAACGACAUGACAAUGGCAGUUGUUUGAGUUGUAACAAGCACUAUGAAGGUCCUCAUUGUGCUGAUAUCGUAUGUGUUAAUGGUGAAAGGGACGAGGAGUCGGUACAGACUUGCAAUUGUAAAAAGCCUUACAAAGGUCAGUACUGUGAUGUACUUGAAACUGAAGAUGUAUACUACCUAUACAACUCUAAGGUAAGGUUUUUGAAUUUAUUUUUAUAAACGUUGUCCUACCCUACCCUGCCUUACCUUAUCCUAGCUUACCCUACCAUACUCAAAAUUUUAAAAAUAAUUAUUCUAGGUAGCGAUAAUAGGCCCAUUAGGAGCACUACUAGUCAUUCCCAUGAUCAUGAUCUACUACGGCUGUGAACAUUAUGCCAAGAAACGACAGGUCAAGCGAAUCAAAAAAGUUUGGUCCGACCAAACGGCUCUAACUGUCGAUGACAAUAGAAUCAAAACCCUAUUGUAUUGA